GGCUCGGCAGUCUAUUCCGAUAGCCGACAGCAUUCGAAGGGCUGCAGCGAUCGUCAUCAACACCUACACUGUAGGACGACUGUACAUAACUAGGUUGCAUUUGUUACUAUGCAAGGCAAUGACGUGCUUAGACAACAACAUCUUGCCGUCCGCGCGUUCGUCGGCGUGACUAUGCCAUCGUGCAACAUCUAUCUCCUAGUUAGGGUAGUCACAAAGCAUGGUGGUCUACAUGGCAUAUACGAUAGCUGUGCAAUAGGUAUGGGUCUCGUGUGUUGAUCAUCACAGUGGGCUCGCAAUAGCCAAAGGCGGAAGUGCAAAGACGCGAUCGACACAGCUACUGCAGGAUACACUUCAAGUUUACAAACACGAUGGUUCACAAUGAUGCAUCCGUUGUCGGCCACAUUACCAAAUGCUGAGAGCACAUGAAAACGGGUCGAUGGCAUUCCACUGUGUCGAAAAUUGAGGGCCUCAGUUCCAUUAUCCCGAAUACUGCUGCAACUCCACGCUUCCAGGAGAGUGAGUUGGCCAUUUUCUUUCGCAUUAGAUUUGAUUCAAACCCGACCGAUAUAACACCACCUGCGAGCUGUAAUCCGAUUGUCUUCGUGCGUCAAGGCUGCAAAAUGUACAGGCCGAAUCAGUUCCAUACUACUCUCGCAGCACUCUUUUUUAGUGCGUCGUUAAUAUUGCAUUUCGCGGCCAAAGGCAUCGAACCUGAUGACUUGGACUGCGCAAAAGCAGUAUCAUCAUGGUCGCCCGCCUUCAGUGCCAUAAAAUAUCAAUGGGAAACAUUCCAAAAUGGAUUCUCACAGAAAUCCAUUUACCGAGGACAGCCAACUGCUGAGCUCGAAAUUGCUUGGUUGGAAUCUCUCCCAAGUAACCCGAUACUCAUAUCAAAGGACAAGCUCAAUGAGCUGCAGCUCCAUGACCAGGACUACUUAGAAGCCAAUGGGGAAUUCGAAGGCAACGUCUAUGGAAAUCUCGAGGUUUUUAGAAAUCUGGGCUGUCUUAAUCUAUUGAGGCAACAUACCUACAGGGGCGAGUUCGACUAUUCAUUCCUGCGCUCUUUCCAAGGUAGUGAGGAGAUGAUCAUGCGAAGGGUAGAUGCAUGCGUCCAGAGAUUGAGGGAGGUGCUCAUGUGUUCAGGGGAUGCCACGCCGUAUUUGAUCAUGUUGACACCCGAGAAGAAGACGAAGGAGUCUCCGGACUUCAACACACUUCACUAUUGCCGGGAUUAUGAUGCAAUUUUAGAUUGGGCUAAAGACAAUGAGGCCCCAAGUCAUGGACAUUUCCCAGAUUGGUACGAAUUUGCUAUUGUAUAGAGUUGAAAGAAAUAAACUCCUUUGAUUUGAC